UUCAGACAACCAACACCCUGUCUCUACCAGGGAACACGAUCAGUCUAUCUAAUUAAUGUUUUGUGUUUACAGGGUGUGAGUGGCGUCCCUCCCAGCAGUACAUCUUCCACCCAAGGAUCAUGUCCAUCAGGUCAGGUCCAGACAACCAACGCUCUGUCUCUACCAGGGAACACAGUCAGUCUGUACAACAGGCAGGUGUCUCUAACUGUCAGUGUGGAACAUGACUCCUUUGAUCCCCCGACGUAUACAAAGUCUGUCACUUCAAACACCAUACAGUUCCCUGUCCCAGUUACCUCAGUGACACUGACAAACAUCAGUUCUGAUAAUGAGAAGAUAGGACUAGUGGCAGGUCAAUCCCUGACCUUGACCUGUGUGACGUCAGCCAGUUUCCCCACUUCUACUGUGAGCUGGGUGACCUUGCCAUCAGGAACGGCACCUACAACCAGCACAGAGACGACAUCUGGUGUCCUGGUGAAGACAACAAGCUCCGUCACAUUCACUGUCAGUAGGAGUGACCAGGGGAGGAGCAUUCGCUGUCAAGCUGAAAACAUCAACGGUCAGACAUCCCCACAGUCUAACAUAGCCACACUGGAGGUUUGGUACGGACCAGACACAGACCAGGUGAGAGCUACAAAACCAGCAAGCACUGUGGUAGCAGAGGACCGUGACCUGACCUUGACAUGUGAGACCUUGACCACCGUGUCUCCCGGAGUGACCUUCACCUGGGACUACAGUGACGGGUCGGACAUUGCAGGAGGAAGUACAGGAUCUGUGACAGGAUCAGUGAGUACCACGUGGUCACAGACUCGGACAUUCCGUCCUGUCAGGAGCAAGCCAGAUGUCCGAUGCAGCGUGAGAAACACCAGGACAGCAAUGGUCGUCAGCAAGACUCUGUCACUCGGGGAUGUCAAGUACCCACCUCCAGGUCGUCCUACAGUCCAGGAUUUCACCUCUGUGAUGUAUGCUGGAGUCCAAAAGACCAUUAGGUGCACAGUGACGGGGGGCAAUCCUCUGGCCAACAUCACGUGGUCCUGUUACAACACCAGCAACACCGGCAGUGUGUCCAGCAACGAGGGAAACAAGACAUCCUCACUCACCUUCCUGGUAGCUAAACACCAGAACUCCAGACAGUGUCAGUGUCAAGUUACGUGGAUGUAUGGAGGAUACGAUGAGACUGUGACACAGACAUUUACUGUGUAUUAUCCACCCGACAAACCCACCACAACUAACCCUGGUACUCUGUGUGAAGGAAGGUCUACAUCACUGACCUGCUCCUCAUCCCCUGACCACGGCAACCCUCCGGCCACUUUCUACUGGACAAAGAACAACACAGCAGUCCACGCAGGCAGCUCCUACACUUUCUCUCCAGUGAAGGCCGACAACGGAGCUGACAUCAGAUGUGCUGCUGGUAACACCUACACCGACAGAGCCGGGUCCUCACGUCCACAGUCAGAUGCCAGGCAGCUCAGUGUAUAUUAUGUGGGAGCACCAUCAAUAACUCCGGCUGCUACACAGACCAGGAAGGAAGGAGAGAGACUGUCUCUCACAUGUUCAGUUGAUGGUAAUCCUGACAACGCUGUCAUCUCCUGGACAUUCAAUGGUUCCCCUAUACCAGGAAGUAGUGUGAUGAAAGCCGACUUGAACAGAUCUGAUGAUGGGGAGUACAGCUGUACGGGGAGGGUCAACACAGGCAGUGUGUGUCCUGGUGGUGGACUCCAGGGGAGGUCAACUGUCAAGGUCAUUGUCAACUAUCCUGCAAGUAUAAGUAUGAUGACUGCCAACUCCCGCAGUGGGUCAGUGACAGUCAAUGAGUCUGACCCAGUGACCUUCGGAUGUGAGUUGGAUGAUGCUGGCAAUCCAAGGUCAGUCAUCAGGUUACUGAAUAGAUCUGACGAGUUGACAAGGGUAGAUAACUCCCUGACAGCAACAUACAAACUGGAGUCUGCAGACUGUAGACAAAGAGGGAACUACUCCUGUACUGCCACUAACAACGUCGGUGCACCUGUCAGUCAGAUGGUGGGGCUGCUGGUCAAAUGUUCUCCACGACUUGACGACUCAGUGUCCCAGCAACUCAAGUUCGCCACUACACUGGGUGGUGACGUGACUGUGUCUGUGUCAGUCCUGGCCUACCCUCUUCCUACAUUCACCUGGAGUAAACCCAACAGCACCAGCCAGGACCUCACUGGUUCCUCCAGCCCUGUCUCAGACAUCUCAGUCACUGCCAGACUACACCUUACUAACCUCCAGCAACAGGACUUCGGUGACUACAGUCUGACAGUGGACAAUGGACUUGGGGGGUUAGUGACAUACACACUCGACAUUUUGUCUGAAGGACCACCAAGCACCCCAACAAACAUCAGUGUCUCGCCGGAAGGUCCCUUCACUCUACAUGUUUCCUGGAAGGAGGAGUUCAAUGGCGGAGCUACUCAGACAUUUACUGUAGAGUACAGCACAGAUGAGGAGACCUGGAAGACAGCAGGGAGUCAUACGGAGACAGGAAGUGGGAAUUACUUAACAUCAGCCAUCAAUGAUCUCAACUCUGACACCCUGUACUAUGUGAGGGUUGUCGCCAGGAACGAGUUUGGAAGCAGCAGCUACACUGAACAUGUGACUGGACUCACGGAGAAGACAGUUAUACCUCCUGCAUCCUCUUUACCAUCUGGAUUAAUAGCAGGAAUGACAGUCAGUGUGGUAUUGGUCGUCGUCAUCGUGGUCGUUGUUGUCGUCAUGACCAGGAAAGGAUACAGAUGCAUAUUCAUAUUGCAGAAGACAGGCUCAACAGACGCACAGAAUGCGUCACAGAUCCCCGAAAAUAGAGGAGACCAAGUGCAUUUCCAAGAUGUUAACCCGUACUCUGGCCUGCAAGAUAGAGCGGAUGACAAGCAGACGUACACAGAACUGAAGAAUUAUGAAAAUACAGGAUUCCGACCUUCUACAGACACUGUCAACACCUAUGAAGAUAUCAACCAGACAUCAAGACAUGGUUAUGAACACGACAAGCCUGCCCUGUAUGUGAAUGCUGAUAUCAAAGGCAAAGAUUCGCCCUAUGUGAACACCUGAAACAAAUGACUGAAACAUCAAUAUCUCUGACAUUAUAAUCGAUGACUCAUUCCUCCGUUAAUCAUACCGUCACUAGAAUAUUGACAAGGAUGGUUGCCCACAUACGUUUAGUGGCUUAGGAUUACGUGUAUAUUUUGGUCUCUGUCUCUGUUGUGUUGGUGAAGGUUACAUAAUAACUCAUUUGUGUCUAAGCCACUGGAACCUUUACCGACAAGCUGGAACGUGCUGGUGUGCUGAAACCGAAGCUGCCCAGAAACGUUGUGUGUAGACAUCAGUUGAAACGCCAAUAAACAGCUAAAUGUUUUAUAUUAAGAAACGCAAAAUGACAUUUGGAAUGUUCACAUUCACCAAUAAAUUCAACAUUACACAUUCCAGGGCCAUACAUGAUUACAUGUACAGACGUGGUUUUGUAUGAAAAUCAGGUUUUUUUAAAAUUAGCACCUAUCA